AGAGACAAGACAGCCUAACUGCUUGCACCUUGCAGCCUUUAGUACUGGGGGCUGAACUCAGUGGUCUAAGAAGAUAUUUUCAGUUCUUUUUACCUGAGCAAAGUCACCUAUAUUUCUGUAUGUCUGCUUUUGUAUGUACGAUGUUGGGGAGUGAGUAUAGCACCCAAAGGAUUUUAAUGUAUUUUAUUUAUUAAUUUAAAAAAUGAAAUAUUAAACGUUGUUAGUGAAGCUUGCUUCUAGCUUUGCAAGAGGAAAAACUUUUUAAGAAUUAUGAAACAUGGCAGGAUGCUGUUUGUCACACCAUUACUUUUUUUUUCCCUGUUCACUACUGGUACUGUCAUUUUUCUUUUUGGUAAUAGCUGAAUGAGAGAACCCAGCAGCUGCAAGAAGCCGCUGCUUCCAGAUGCCCAAGUGCUCUAUAAUCCUGUCCACUCUUUGACUCUAUCCUAAGUAGCAGCUGCUGGCUCCUUCUCAGCUCAGAACUAAGUCCCUCCUUCUUCAUACUGGCCUCAAAUCAUUAUACAACUGGAUUUUUAUGAGAUUAUUCUGAAGUAGGAGCUAAGGCACAUUGCUAGCUGACAUUGCUAGCUUGUCCAUGUGAAAUGCUGGUCUCGGUUCAGUUGUUUGAGAAGAAAUCAUUUAUAGAAGCAGACUUGUUCUGUUGUGGAAAACUUUCCAGGUGUCUUUUAGCAGCUCAGAGCUUGGUGACUGAGGGGCAUCUCUUUCAACUACUCUGUCACUCAUUUGCCGUGAGGACUGUGGAUUUUGUCUUCAAGUCCUUAUCCUAACUUUAGUUAAUGGUAAUUGAAGAAGAAACGUAACUGCCUUUAUUACAGUAGAAUUUCAUAUGCAACCUGAUAUAUAAAGGCAUUUACUUUUUAUUUAAAAACAAAAACAAAAAAAGUAUUCUGGUCUCUAUGAUGGUUUACAGUUUAAAAAUGUAUUAAUGAGAGAAGUUUAACUUAAAUUGCACAGAGGCUGAAAGUUAAUUAAAUGUGACUGUGUAUUGUAUGUUUAUAUUUUAUAUAUAUCACAUAGUAUUAGUUCUGGAGCAAUGCUUGCCAAAUCAAGUCUUUGUAACCAUACCGCAGAAGGCAAAAUGAGCACAUAACCAUCCCAGAAGAGCUGGGUGUUGCUUGCAUGUGUAAUUUUGAUGUUCGUGGCUAAGUGAAGACGAGACCAUUGCUCUAGAAGGAGGAAAACUAGCACCAGCACUUGUGUACCAAACUGAGCCCUGCUGACUGUGUCAGUAUUUUUUUUAUUGAGAUGUACUUCAGGUGGAAGUCUAAUUUUAAUAAAUCCAUUAUUUCUAGGAGCGAUUUUUGAAAAUGAUUAUCUUUGUGUAAAAGGACUGAUGUGGCAAACAGUGUUGCAGUCACUUUAUUCAGUUGCUCAGCACUUAGUCCAUCCCAUGCAAUAGAAGUUAGUGAAUACUGUUUGCUGCAUUGCACUGCUUUUACUACACUUUAAACAGAUAGCAUUAAUCAUCUGAUCCUCCAUGUUAGGAGGUUUCCUAACUCUAAAAGAAAUAUCGUAGUGGUGUUGAAUAUACGUAACUUGCACUUGAGACUUAUUAAGUGUAUAACUUUAUUUUACCGAAGUCACAGUUGAAAUAUUUCAUGGCAAAAAAGGGAGGAGAUCCGUGAACUCCUUCCUGUAGAAUGAAGUGCCAACAUUAGAAUAGUACACUUUCUUUGUAUAGGCAGAGAAUAUUCAAUGCCUAUUGUAGACUUUGAAUGUGGAUACUCUGGGUAAUGCUUUAGAGGAACCAACCCCGUCCCCAGAAAUUACACUGAUUCUGAAGUACUGCAGUGUGAAUAUAUGGUUCCACCAGUCUGUCUCCUUCCUCCCUGUCAGAACAGAACUGCAGUACUGCAGGUGGGGGAGGAGGAAGGCCCUCUCUGCAAAGAAACUACUCGCUGUUUUUAAACUUGGAGUUUAUUGACUGAAUUAUGCAACCAAAGUGAUUUUGAUCCUGAGUCUAUCAAAACACAUUAAUUUAGCUGUGUGAAACCAGGAUACAGUGUCUUUACUCCUGCAAAAUAUGUCAUAGGAAUCCUCUUUCUUGCUGCUGUACAUUGCCACUGCUGAGAGGAGUGUAUCACCAGGUUACAUUCUGUAACUGUAUAAUUCAUAUCCAGCCAAAGAACUGUACUCUAAAACCUUACAUUUCCAUGUUUCUUGUGUUUCCAGCAUUAAAUCAAAAAAUAAACCAGAUGAAGGUAAACUGAGCAUAUAGCUAAUGGUACUUUUGAGUGUGUAAACCUAAGUCAUAUUAUCUUAGAGGUCAAUUCUAUGUGUUGUAGCAAUAGUGUAACACUGAAAACUCGGUAAUAUAAAUAAAAUAAUAUCAAUAAACGUCUUGGAUUCUUCCUCUUGAUUUUUUAACUUUGCUUCUGAAAGCUGUUGCAGGAAUUCAGUCAUGGUGAUUCUUUCAGAGUCUUUACAGGAGAACAAGGUUAAGCUUCCAUCAAAACGUAUGUGCCACGUAUUGUGGCACUGCAGCAGACCAAAAUGAACACCUUACUAACAGAGGAGCUUUGCUAUUCAUCGUUAUAAAAUACAACUCUGAAUUUAAAGGAAGAAUCUAUGUCCAGAAUGGAGAGUGAGAAUUGUUCGGACAUGUCAUUGAGAAUCUUGAAAGUGAGCUAGGGUGGGCAGACUGAAACAGUCUGUUUGUUUUAAGAAUGUUUGCCUCCACGUCUGACCUUUUCAGUGAGGUGGUUUACAUGGCACAUCGCGUUGUGAGGUGAGCACACAUCACGCAAUGAAAGAUGAUCUGGUCCUUCAGGAGUGACAUUCAGGUUGAAAUGUGAGACUUCCUGGAGCAGAGCAGCAGGCUUAAGCAAUCUCUUAGUAAACAGCAUCACAGCCCAAAUUCAGCCAGAAAGGAGGGAUCUGAGAGGAGAUCCGCUUCCUGAGAGAAGAGCAGCAAGUUAGAGCUGAGGGUUGCUUGGAGGUUCCUGUGUUCUGUGUGUCUGCAUCACAAUAGGCAGGUGUGCCUUGCGCUCCUCCCAGCCCCCACUCGAGAUAAGUGUGUUGACGCACUGAGGAGCUGUGUGGGUGGUGUCGGAUUCCUGCCAGCACUGAAAUUUCAAACUAACCAGCAGGCUGUGGGCUAACUAUGGCCACCGCCGGCUGAGAAUAUCCAUAGACUUCUGCGUUCUGAGCACAGACGAGUAAGCGAUGAAGCGAGGGAACACGUUGGGUGCCACCUGCUUCCUGGUGAUCGCUGGUGUUCUGUUCAGGACUACAGACACCACUGCUGAGCGCGCCUUCGUCAGUUUGCUCUACUUCAACAGCACCAGCAACAGGUCUGCGUCCGAGCAGUGCGAGUGCGGCCUGUACGGGUUAAACUCUCCUCUGCUGAGUGCUCAGGGCUUCGUGGCCAUUCCCAAAGCUGCCAGUCUUCAAGCCUGCGACUGGAACACCCAGUUCACCAUCACGGAACCGCCGUGGAUCGCGCUGAUUGAAAGAGGCAAUUGCACUUUUGCUGAAAAGAUCAAGGUGGCAGCCAGGAGGGGUGCGACGGCAGCUGUGAUCUACAACGCGCCGGCCAAGCGCAGCUACCCCAUCCCCAUGUCCCAUAUCGAGCUGAGCUAUACUGUUUGUAUGGAGCAGAAAAUGCCUGGGGAAGGGGUAACCACUGCAGUGCAGCACGUGGAACAAGAGUGUGCUUGGAGACGAUUUCUCUAUUUGUUUACAAUUGCUCACAGAGGUGCAGGAAGCAUCGUUGCCAUCAUGAUUGGCAACCUGAAAGGCAUGGAGAUCCUGCGCCGGAUUGAGAGUGGCCUGAAAGUGACCAUGGUUAUUGAAGUGGGGAAAAAGCAUGGUCCCUGGAUGAACCACUAUUCUAUCUUCUUUGUCUCAGUGUCGUUUUUCAUCGUCACAGCAGCAACUGUGGGCUACUUCAUUUUUUAUUCUGCUCGCAGAUUCAGGAUCACAAGGGCCCAGUCCAGGAAGCAGCGACAACUGAAGGCUGAAGCUAAGAAGGCCAUUGGACAGUUACAGCUGCGCACCCUGAAGCAAGGAGACAAGGAAACUGGUCCUGAUGGAGACAGCUGUGCCGUGUGCAUUGAGCUGUACAAGCCAAAUGAAGUAGUGCGCAUCUUGACUUGCAACCAUCUUUUCCACAAGAACUGUAUUGAUCCUUGGCUUUUAGAACACAGGACGUGCCCAAUGUGCAAAUGUGACAUACUCAAAGUUCUAGGCGUUGAGGUGGACGCAGAAGAUGGGGCAGAGUCUGUGCAAGCUACAGUAUCCAGUGGGACAUCAAAUGUCACUUCAAUUAAUGAAGUGGAUAGCCACAGUGAAACUGCAUCAUCUGGAUAUGCUUCUGUGCAAGGAGCAGAUGAAUCGGUUCUGGAGGAACAGGCAGCAUCAGAAAAUGACAACACACAUCUUGUAAAUAAUGAAUCUCAGACUUCAGCUGUGACUGUUCUUCCUCCCCUUGACAACCCAACUUUUGAGGCGGAUGAAACACAAGUUUCUGAAGUUAGGUCCUAAGAAUGUGCCCAGCAACAUGGUAUAAGCCUUCUGCAAGGAGCUGCCUACUGCCAUCGCAUGUACACCACAAUUUGAAGAACCCAGUGGAUGACUGUAGCAGCAUCAGUACCUUGGAAAUGCUAAGAUUAAACAUGUUUAAUUCAUGA